UUUCUCAAAGCUUCGCGCCAAAAUUCGACUGCCACACCUUGGAUAAUCCCGCCUCACUCGCUCUCCCGUACCCCUCCGGUUCCGCACCCGCCGUUUUUUUCCCGUCCUACAAAACAAGAGCCUUUUUUAGUUUCAGAGUGAAUCAGAGAAACGAUGAAGAGGGGGAGAGAAAAUGGCGCAAACAGUGCGGAGUCUAAGGGGGAAGACGAGGAGACAGAGGUGCGAGGGAGGGAAGAGGUACGAGAAAGUGGAAAAGAGGAUGACGAUGAUGAUGGAGGAGACAGGGGGGAAAAGGCUAAAGGCAACGGCAGCGGCAAUCAGAAGACGAAGGAUCGAGCAGCGACUUUAGAGUUGACUCAGAAGGAUCGAGAAGGAGGAGGAAAUGCGGUGGGGGGAGGGAGGGGGGUAGAGGGGGAAGAGAGGGAGAGUGGAAGAGGAGAAGGGGAGAAGGCGAAAGAGGAGAAAGAAGAUGAGGAGGAGGAGGAGUGUGUUAAGAUCGAGGAGGACAAUGACGAGGAUGUAAAGAUAGAAGAGGAGAAGGAGGAGUGUAUUGAUCUUCUGGACGAGGAGGAGGAUUACGGCAAUGACAAUAACGAGGCUGCUGAAAUCGAGGAUGAUUCGGAGGAGGAGGAGGAGGAAGGUCGGAGGAAGGUGAUGAAGCUGAACGAACGUGGGAAGAAAACGCGUAAGCGUGACGUGGCAGAGAAGGUGGGGGAGCGGGAGGUGGGAGGAGAGGGAGAGGAAGAGACGAAGAAAAAGCGAAGGAAAGUGUGGGAAGGCGGAGAGAAGGCGCAUGGGGAGAAGGGGGAAAAGGAGGGGGAACAGAAGGGGGAGCAGAAGGGCGAACAGAAGGGGAGCAUGGUAACGCGAAAAAGGGACAUUUCAUACGUUCUCAUCGACUUAAAGCCCCGGGAGAUGACUAAGAAGGCAGGGGGGAGCAAGGACGGCAAGGGGGCAGCUGGGGGAGGGCUUAUAACGGGGAUGGGGGACAAGUGGAAGGAGGCGGAUCUGGUGAAGGUGGUACCUGCGCCCAAGGGGCUGGAGAUAGAGGAUGGGCCUGAGAAGCCAGUGGUCUUAUCGCGAGUGUUCCGGGCGGCACAGAUUCAGCUAAGUGACGACCGACUAUCCGCCACGAGCAGCAAGGGCUAUCGCAUGGUGCUAGCCACCAGGGGAGUGGUGGAAGGCGCGUGGUACUUCGAGAUCGAGAUGAAGCAUCUAGGAAAGACCGGGCACAGCAGGGUGGGGUGGGCGACGCAGCGGGCGGACAUGCAGACCCCGGUGGGGUUCGACGCGUGGGGGUUUGGGUUCAGGGACGUGGACGGGAGUGUUGUGCACCAGGCCGUUAGGCGGGCCUAUGCUGCUGGGUCGCUGGACUUUCCUCCAGUGCCACCUCCUGCAGCUGCUGCUGCUGCUGCUGCUGCUGAUGCUGAUGCGGGUGGUGAUUCUGCUGCUGCUCCUGCCAAUGGAAAUUCACCUGAAAAUGCACCUGGGGCCUCUGAAACCAGCCACAAGAGACCUCCUUCUGGCAGCAUAAGUGAGCGGGCCCCAGGCUACGUGGAGGGCGACGUGAUUGGCUGCUACAUCAGCCUGCCAGGUGGCGCCACGCUGGCACCCAAGCCGCGCCCGCUGGUGACGUGGAAGGGGCAGCCAUGCUACGUGGAGAGUGAAGAGGGGGCCACUGGAGGGGUCCCUGUGCCUGGAAGUGAAAUCGCCUUCUUUCGCAACGGGAUGUGCCUGGGCACGGCUUUUAAGGACAUCCCAGCGGGGAGAUACUUCCCGGCAGCUUCCCUCUUCACGCUGCCCGACCAAUCAGAGGGCGCCACAGUGCGCUUCAACUUCGGGCCAGAAUUUUUGCACCUGCCCGAGGAUUGGGGCAGCCGGCCUGUGCCUGGAGUUUUUUCAGCUGCCCCUCACAUUCCUGCAUCUGAGUAUGAGGCUGAGCUAGGGGAGGAUGGGGAGGGGAAGGAGGGGGGAGGGAAGGUGAGGGAGGGGGGGGGAAGUGGGGAUGAGACGAAAGAGGGUACAGUGAAGGACGAAGGGAAGGAGGAAGAGAGUGGGGAUGGGAUGGAGGAGGGAUCGAGGACGGAGGUUGUGAAGGAAGAGAGGGAGGAAGAAAGCAAGGAGUUCGCAGCAGAAGGGGAAAUGGAAAUUGACGAGGACGGUGCGGCUGAGGGGGCAGGGAGGGAGAGCGAGAAGGAUGGAGCACAGGGGACGAGGGAGGGGAAAGAGGGUGAGAGGCCGACGGAGAGAGGUGGGUUAACGAAGGGCGAGGGCAUUGGGAAUGUUGAAGAUGAGGGAGGGGAGGGAGGGGAGGGUGGGAGGGCGGUUGGCGGGGAGAAGGAAGCGGAUGUGAAGGGGGAGGUUGGGAAAUUGCAGGAGAAUGAGAAGGGGAGAGAGGGUGGAGAGGCUUGCAAACAAGGGAAUGUGGGGAAGGCAAUGGGACAGUGUCUGUGAAACGAAAGAGGGCGAAUGAGAGGGCGUCAGUAGGUAUAGACGCUUUGGUGGACGGAGGUUCUAGGAGGUCUGCAUUCAGAAUAUGGAUCAAGUAUCGUUUUUCGAUGGAAGUAAUAUGAUGAAGGUACACUUUC